AUGAAGGCGAUACAAGCGUUGAGAGGCGUCGCACGGCCCGGUCGCAUGGCCACCUCUGUACCUCGCCAUGCUGUGAAGCCAGUGAUGGCUCGAUUCUCCACGAGCGCGCUGUCGCGCAUGCCAUCAGACGACCCAGGCGGGAAGCCGAACACCGGUCAGCACCGUACGGUCUACGAUGACUUUUACAACAUCCUUGCCCCCGCCACACCCUCGACCUCGAUCGUCAUCGCCUCUACAUCACCGACGACCAUUACGCUUCAAGAUGGCCUGGUCCUUUCAGAGCCUGUGGUGAUCCUCAACAAUCAGGUGUUUCUCUUCGACCAUCCGCAACUCAACCAGGACUACGCAACACCCUCAGGUAUCGGUUGGGAAGCGUGGAUUGAUCAACAGGUCAAAGCGGGAAAGAAGCUAGAGGUGACGCAAAAGGUGAAGGACGUAUUGGGCAUCUUUGAGGUGGUGGAUGAAAGACCCGAAAUCAUCCUCUUCGGCACAGGCAAAAGGGUUCUACCCCCACCAACGCCGAUCAGGCAGUAUUUGAACGAGCUUGGCAUCCAACUCGACGUCCAAAGCACCCACGAUGCAGCUUCGACGUUCAACAUGCUCUCCGAAGAAGGCAGGAAGGUCGCGGCGAUUCUGAUCCCCGCUGAACCAAGCGAGAAAGUGAGGUACACGCCCCAACAGCUCGAACGCCUGCUGGCGGGGAAGCAUUGA